AUGGAUUGUACACCUACCUCGUUCCCAUCCUCUCCCUUGGCUCACUCGGCGCGGGAUGACCAAAGGUUACUCAAAGCUUCUCCGGCCUACCCAUCCCCAACGGCUAUUCCCCUCGAUAGAUACGAUUUUCAGUCGUUGUCCGGGUUAGGAAUCUCCAGUUGUGGAACAGGAUCCCCUUCAAGCCAGAUCAGACUCUACCCGUGUCCAGAGCAAUAUGCACUUUCAACGAGCAACUGGUCCGACCCAGUAACGCAUUCCCCGAAUAUCCUCGAAACCCCUCCAGACGCCGGUCAGUUUCCGCCCAGGACUCAUUACGAAGCAUUCGGUAGCCAUGCAGAUAUCUCAGUGUCACCCAGUUACAGCCCGGUCAUGGAUUUUGGCGCGAUGCAUGAUGAAAUACCUCGCUUCUGGCCUAACACUCCUACCUCCGAAACCAUGGCAGCGUCAGAAGGCUGGUCCAACGUUCAAGACCCGAUAGAGGACGUUUGGGAAUCGUCUUUCCUGGAGGAAUCAUCCAAUACGAUGGCCUCUAGGAUGCCAGAGAUCCCUCGACUUCAGAUCAACACCGCAUAUCUGCAUCCUCAACGCCCGGAUAACUCCCUAACUGAGAUGGAUCCGAGCAAAAGUGUUGCGCCGGAUUUGGUCCCUGAUGAGGCAAUUUCGAAGUGGAUCGAAAAUGUUAGCGAAUCGCCCAAGGGAGAACAGUCGAGGAUACCGUCGGCGAGCGGCUUAGAGUGUCCUACGUGUGGUGUCCGCUUCACACGACGCUCUAACUGUAAAGAGCAUAUGAAAAGCCACGAUCCUAGCUACGUAAGGCCACAUCCGUGCGAGACUUGCGGGCGGGAGUUUAGGCGGAGGACUGACCUGAAGAGACACGUAGAUAGCAUCCAUCGGGGCAUACGCAAAUUUGGCUGCGAGAAAUGUGGUCGGCGCUAUAGUCGACAGGACACAUUGUCAAGACAUCAGUCCGACGGCUGCGAUGGAAGAAUCCGGAAGACACGAGCCUCCCGAAACGACACAGACGCGCCAUACCCCACUCAUGACUACUACGCACACCAAGCAGCUAUUUGACGGUUUGUUUGCCUGCUCUAGACCAUGCCUGCGUUGAUCGCAGCUGGCCAUGAACGAUACGGCUGCAUACUUUUGGAGAGGAUCCACUGUAUAUUUGAAAGCAUGACUACCCAUGUAUUUGUUUUUGUUUUUUGUGUUUCCUUUGUAUAAGCGCAGGGAGGCAGUUUGCUUUUGUUUUGUUUAUUUUUUCAUCAGGGAGGCCUUGUCGACUUUUUGUUUUGCAUAUUUUUGGAAUAUCGCUAGAGAUCCGUCGUCACCCAAAGGCGGCUUAUAGAAAUUAAGCAGCGCAUGGCAG